AUGCCUACCAAAGAAGAAACCGUCGCCGGCUACGAGGGAUCGAAAGAGGAAUUCUUCAGACACAGAGCCGAGAAGGCCGAAGAACUCAAGAGAGAGACCGAGGAAGUGGACGACGAGGUCAGAGACUACGAAGUCGACCGCAUUGUCACCGAGAUACUAGCUAAGGUCGAGAACGACGACGCCCCUGGUCACAAUGCUCCUUCUGCCUCCAGAGUCGACAAGAAUGAGCUCCUUACCAAGAACCAGCCCGAAAUCGCAGUCAACAUGGAGAACAAGGCCAACGACGGCACUAAUCAGAUCAAGGAGAGUGACGCUGUUGCCUCCGAAUCCGGAUUCCAGUCCAAGGACGAUGGUGCUGCUUGA